AGAUGUGGUCAAUUCAAAGAGGGUAGGCUCUUAUGGUGUGAAAUGACGGCUUAAACAAGAGGAACUUCCGAGUCCUGAGGUUCCACUUUUCGGACCGAUUAUAUCGCUUUAUCCUUUAUAUUAACCAGAGUCCCUCGGCCUUUCUCGCUCAUCUCCGUUUCUCCCGCAUAGCCCCAGCGUCACCGAGCCUAAUACCAGCAGCCAUGGAGACCUUCUUCAUCGUCCUCGCUGUGGUCGCUAUAGCUCUCGCCCUCGCAUCGGUCGUCUUCGCAUCGAGGCACGGCAAACGCGGCGGCAAGAACCUCCCGCCCGGUAGCUUCGGAUGGCCGAUCAUAGGCGAGACUGUCGAGUUCCUGUUCGGCAAGCCGGACAAGUUCGUCUUCGAUAGGAUGGCGAAGUACUCUCCUGACAUCUUCAAGACCCGAAUCCUUGGAGAAGACACCGCGGUCAUCUGCGGUCCGAGCGGCCAUAAGUUCCUCUUCUCCAACGAGGAGAGGUACUUCACCGCCUCUCGGCCCCGCUCGAUGCAAAUGAUCUUCCGGUCCUACAAGAAGGCGGCCCCGCCCGCCAAACACGAGGAGAAGGUCCUCCGCUCGCCUGGGUUUCUCAAGCCUGAAGCUCUAGUGAGGUACUUGGGAAAGAUGGACUCCAUUACGAAACAACAAAUGCAAAGCGAGUGGGAAGGCAGGGAAGUCCGGGUAUACCCUCUUGCCAAGUCGUUGACGCUCACCCUAGCAUGCCGGUUUUUCAUCGGCACCGACGAGCCGGAGCGGAUCGCGCGGCUCGUGGACUAUUUCGACGACAUAACGCUCGGUCUGCACUCGAUCACCCUCAAUAUCCCGGGUACGAUCUUCUACAAGGCCAACAAGGCCGCGGCGGCGAUUAGGAAGGAGCUGAGGGCGGUGAUCAGAGACAAGAAGGCCGCCAUCUCGACCGGCACACCGAUGCAGGACAUAUUGUCGCACAUGAUCGUGGCCAGCGAUCCCUCCGGGAAAUACAUGCCGGAGGCUGAGAUCGCCGACAAGAUCAUGGGGUUUUUGACCGCUGGUUACAGCACCGUAGCCACUGCCAUGACCUUCUUCAUGAAGUAUGUCGGAGAGAGGCCCGACAUCUACAAGAAGGUGCUGGAUGAGCAAUUGGAGGUUGCGGCAUCAAAGAAACCUGGGGAGUUUCUGGAGUGGGAUGACAUCAACAAGAUGAAAUAUUCAUGGAACGUGCUGAAUGAGGUCAUGAGGCUCACCCCACCUCUCCAGGGAACCUUUAGAGAGGCCCUCACCGAUUUCACCUACGCUGGUUACACCAUUCCAAAGGGAUGGAAGGUCUAUUGGACUGUAAGCACGACAAACAAAAACCCAGAAUACUUCCCGGAGCCGGAGAAGUUCGACCCGUCAAGACAUGACGACAGCAACCUUCCCCCGUUCACAUUCGUUCCCUUUGGGGGUGGGCCAAGAUUGUGUCCAGGCAAAGAGUAUGCACGCUUGGCGAUCCUCGCAUUCGUCCAUAAUGUGGUCAAGAGGUUCAAGUGGGAACUGGUGGAUCCGAAAGAGAAGAUCAUCGGGGACAUGAUGCCCGCCCCGCAGAAAGGCCUCCCUGUUCGCCUCUCGCGUCAGUGAUGGAAGCUUUCGUUCCUUGCUGGGACCACCUCUUUAAAUCAAUCAAGGCUUCUCCACUUCAAAACUCGUUCUGCGGCGCAUUUAUAUUUGAUUUGAUGUAACGUAUAGCUGCUUUUUGCAGCUUGUCAUAAAAGACUUGAGGUACGAUAGUCUUAGAAAUGAAAAUGGAAUCUCUCUCUUUGUAAGUUUCUUAAUCCUAUAUCGUGUCAGCAUUGUAUCACAUUGAUCUCUUGAAGUAGUAUUUAUUUCCAAACUGAAUGCGCCGAAGUCCUCGGUUAUUGUCAAAUUUCAUUGCUAGUGAAAUUGUACCUCCUGUUGCA